AUUUCAGCGUACCUAAACUCUCUCUCUCUCUCUCUCUACCCCGGAUAUAUAUAUAUAUAUAUUUAUGUUCCAUGAACUUCGUAUAAUCCCCAAAAGCAUUCUUGUGUCCAAAAAAUUGUUCUGUGGACUCUGACUUGGCAUUUGACAAUGAAUUGCUACGCUCCUGAAUCAUCUUCCGUGCAGAAGUAUGGGAAAGAGAACAAGAAGGGGAGUGGUAGGAAGAGAAGCAAGGCGGCCGUGAGGCUGUCGACGGACCCGCAAAGCGUGGCGGCGCGGGAGCGGCGCCACCGAAUCAGCGACCGGUUCAAGAUCUUGCAGAGCCUGGUCCCCGGCGGGGCGAAGAUGGACACUGUCUCGAUGCUGGAGGAGGCCAUUCACUACGUCAAGUUCCUCAAGACACAGAUAUGGCUUCACCAGACCAUGAUCAACUUCCAGGACGAUGUCGACCCAUUGACGACUCUCUUAUUCCCUCCUCCUCCUCCUCCUUCUCUUCCGGCUCCCCAUCAGUGCCUCUACUCGCCGGAAAACCUUUUGGCCCACGGAAUGCAAUCUUUGGCGCCGCCGUUUGGGUUGCCGGAUUCUUAUAACCUCCAAGGUGAUGAUAUAAAGCCCUUCGGUGGAUACCCAUGAACUAGUACUACUUCUUUAGCCCAGUCUGUCCCUUGCCUGCAGUGGAUGUCGUAUGGCUUGUUAGUGUACACUAUAUAUUACUAUGCUUAGGAAAAGAAAAGAACAAAAAAAAAAAUGUGUUGCGUGAUGAAUAUAUAUUAGCAACUAUCCUGGAAAUAGUUAUAAUUAAAGUAGUAAUAAUAAAUGUUGUGUGCUAAGACAUUAUCUCAAACUUGGGUGUUUGUUUCCCGAGGAGAGAAAACAAGCGCUUGUCAUGAUCUCCAUGAACUCUACGGUCUUCCUCCUGCAUCUUAAAUGGCACUGCAGCCCGCAGGUGAGUGUUACGUGUCUCAGUUAUCAACAAGCAACUAUAAAUAGCUAUCGAUCCCUCGUAUUCGAGAACCUUUCUCUCUUCCUUCUUCCCGACUUCCAGAUUUCGAUCAAGAAUAUCAUCAUCAACACAAGCUCUCUCUCUCUCUCUCUCUCUCUCUCUCUCUCUGUCAUAAAAGCAUCUUAAUUUCUCUUGGAUG